AGCAUUUUUGCCUUUCCAAAAAAGUGCAUGGCCAAAAGAAGCAGCUUACAUCAUGGGCCUCUGUCGCGUUCCCACACAUUUUGCUCCUAAUUACUGUCCUGCUGGACAGCUGAGCUGUUUCAAACAGGAAGCUGUUUACAGAUAACACUUGCAACUGUGCUGAGUCUGAUUUGCUGGAUGUGGAAGAGCAGAAGACGGUUGCCUUCAAGUUUCCAAGUGACUGACUGAGCUGCUAGCAACAGGAGCAAUGAGGUUCAUCUGUGCAGUCUCUGAUCAGGCACAAGCUGUACCACAACCCCUGUUUUCUCAACAAUCAUAAGGAGUGAGGGGCAAGCUCAUUAUGAAGAGUGAUCUGGUUUUCUUUGUCUCUGUAAUUAGCCUUGCCUUCCUGUCCCUGCCAAGAUCUGGAUAUGCUCAGCAUAUUGCAGAAGAAGCCUGCUCUGUUCAGAUUCUUGUUCCAGGCCUCAAAGGGGAAGCUGGAGAAAAGGGGGAGAAAGGAGCGCCAGGGCGUCCAGGAAGAGUGGGACCUCCAGGAGAAAGAGGCGAAAUGGGGGAGAAAGGAGAGAAGGGAAGCAUUGGUCGGCAUGGAAAAAUUGGCCCCAUUGGUUCAAAAGGUGAAAAGGGGGAUAAUGGAGAUGUAGGUCCCCCUGGUCCUAAUGGAGAGCCAGGCAUUCCUUGUGAAUGUGGCCAGUUGCGUACAGCUAUUGGUAAAAUGGAUAACCAAGUGGCCAUGCUGACUACAGAGUUAAAGUUCAUCAAAAAAGCACUGCCCUCCCCCGCAGCUGUCGCUGGUGUGCGUGAGACAGAUAAUAAGAUCUACUUGCUGGUGAAAGAAGAGAAGAGGUACAUGGAUGCACAGCUCUACUGCCAAGGAAGAGGAGGAACACUGAGCAUGCCCAAGGAUGAAAGCACCAAUGCCGUUAUUGCUUCAUACAUCAAUCAAGCAGGCCUCAACCGAGUUUUCAUUGGCAUUAAUGACCUAGAGAAGGAGGGUAAUUUUGUGUAUUCUGACCGUUCCCCGAUGCAGACCUUCAACAAAUGGAGUACUGGCGAGCCAAAUAAUGCUUACGAUGAGGAGGACUGUGUGGAAAUGAUAGCGUCAGGGGGAUGGAAUGAUGUCGCCUGUCAUAUUACAAUGUAUUUUGUUUGUGAAUUUGACAAAGAAAAUGUGUAAAAAUAUUCAAGUUCUCCCCUAUUGUGUGCCCUGUUUGUUAAUUAAACUGGGUAAACCUGGGUAUAUUUCUGCACUAGGGACAUUUUUGCAUACCCAAGCAUAACUUACGUGAGUGCAGUCAAAAUUAUUCGGUGAUGUAAACUCCUUGUGGGUUUCUUUGUGUUCAAGUUAGAACCUUGUUUAUGGAGAAUUAAUCUUGCAGUUACGCUUCUCAUGUUACUGGACAAAACAACCCAGAUUGUCCUUAUUUUAGCCAUUGGUCUUCAGUUCUCCAGCCGCUCGAUUUCUGAUGUGCCAGUUUGUUUGCUUUUGGAACAUAGUUUUAUUCUUUAAAAUUAAAACUGUUAGCCUGCAUCAUUCUUCAUGUGUCGUGGAGAAUCAGGAGUGCCUCUGUCCCCUCCUUUGUGAGCAGAAGAAGGAACUGUGCUAGGCCAAACGAAUGGUCCAUCUAGUCCAGUAUCUUAUUUCCAACAACCAGUCAAAUGCCAGAGGGAAGCUUACAAGAAGGGACCACAGACAAAAGCCUUCACCUGCUGGCUGCUCCUCAGUAUCUCUGAACCUGAAGUCCCGAUUUGGCUAUUGUGGCUUAUAGUAAAGAUAGUCCUAUCCUCCAUCAUUCUGUCCAGCCCUCUUGAAAAUUCAUCUAAGCAGUAGUACUUCUUUUUGUCUGGUUUUAUUCUACUGUUGAUUGUUUUCAUAGAGUAGCCUCAAGUUCUGGUAUUAUGAGAGAGGGAGAAAGGCUACCCUGCCUACUUUCUCCACACCAUGCAUAAUUUUGUAGACCUCUAUCAUGCCAGUCCCCUUAUCUACAAAUGAAAAAUCCCCACAUGCUUUAGCCAUCAUUGGGCAGGUGCUCUCACCCUGUGGUCAAGGUGUUUGCCUUUUUCUGCACAUUUUUCAUCUCUUCAGUGUCCUUUUUGAGAUGCAGUGACCAGAAGACUAGAACUGUACAUGGUAUUCCAAAUGAACCAUCACCAGGGACUUGGAUAAAGUUAUUGCUGUACUGGCAAUUUUAUUUCUAAUCCCUUUCCUAAUGAUCCCUAGCAUGAAAUUGGCCUUUUUUUUUAUCACCACAGAACACUGAACUGACAUUUUCAGCAAGCAAUCUAGCACAAUCCCAAGAUCUCUUUUGUUGAUCUGUCAUUAUCAGCUUCUAUCCUGUCUUAUUAGCGUAUACAUGAAAGUAGGGUAGGAAAGUAGAGCCCUAGAAUGCAUCAUUUUGUACUCUUUUUUUUUUUUGCUGUCAAGUCACAUCUGAUUUAUGGUAAUCUCUGGUGGGGUUUUCAAGACAAGAGACAAUCAGAGCUGAUUUGCCAUUGCCUGCCUCCAAGUUGUGAUCCUGGUAUUCCUUGGAGGUCUCCCGGCCACACACAAGAUAGAGUUAGCCUGGACUAUCCUUUUGUACUUUUACAGAAUUUUGUUUGCCAUUUUGUUAUCCUUCCACCUUCUAUGGAGAGGUUCUCUUAAAGGUCCCCCGUCCCCUUGUGUUUUUACCAUCCUGAGCAAUUAGGUGUCAUAGGCCGAUUACACACAAGGGGUUUGCAAAAUGAGGGAGGCAAAUGUCCAUCGCAGCACAAGAGGAGUGGGGGCCCCACUUUCACUUUCCGUUCUCUCCACUGCAAGCAAGACCACUUUUAGCAUGAUUUUAAUUUUUGCUUGGCUGCCAGAGCGGGGAGAUUUGCCAGUGAACACAGCUUUGCCCUAGACCACUUCUGUCUGCCCAACACCAGCCCCUCCAGCUCCCUCUUCACUACUUUCAGUCUGUGCACUUAGAGAAGCAGGAAGGAGGCAGCAGUAUGGGGCAGGCGAGGCACAUGGGGCAAGGCAUGCAAAGCAACAGAGUUGGCUUUUGCGAGGGAUAGCACAAAGCGGGUCUCUGUUUGGCCCCAUCCCACCUCCCUCACUCUGCUUCUCUCCUCCCCGAUGAUUGGAAGGGCUUUUAAAACUUUAUUUCAGAGUGUGAGUGUCUGUGUGGAGUGAAAGGGAGGGGGAGACAAUACUGGGCAUCAGUGGCAUUUCUUCUCUUCCCCCAGUGUUCCUGCAAGGGUGGGUGGGUAGUGGCAGCAGUUCCCACCUUGAGAUGGGGAGGUCAAUGCACGUGUGUCUUUGGAAUGUGGGGGGGGGGGGGGUUAGAAUUCUGCUCAGCCAAAGCUUCAGGGCCCGUUCUCAGGGCUUAGCUGGGAGGAGGAAUCAGUGGCCAGGCAAGCAGAAGACCUGAUCAAAGGAAAUUCAAAGCAGGAAGAACUUGGAGGGAGAGUUAGUCAAGCGCAUGUUGGGAGGCUACUGAACUGGGUGGGCCCAGGAAACCCUUUUGUUUUGUGGAACCCUUGGACUCUUGUUACUAAACUCCCGGCCCUUUGGAGGACAUUUGUGUGUUGAAUCUCCUUCGUGUGAUGAGAUCUGUGCCUUUAAAGCUGUUGAUGGCUGGAAUUAAGAGAACCAGAGCCUGUCUGAGUAGCUGUGGGGCAGGCACGGGGCUGCCUCCUUGUGUGUAAACAGAGAAAUGCGAGGAGAGUCCACUGUGAUCCCCCUGAGCAGAGAAGAGUCCCGAGUUAAGCGUUCCAUGGGUAAUGGCCCAUAUAUAAACGUCACUACCUCACUGUUCACCUCCUGUUCUAGGUUGUUUAUAAAUACAUUAAAUACCACCAAUCCCAAACAGAUCCCAAGGAGAUGCUGCUCACAUCACUCCACUGAAAAAAUUAUCCACUUAUUCCCACUCUCUGUUUUUUAAUUGGCAGUGGUGACCAAUCCAUGAAUGUGUUCUUUUACCUCAUGAUUGUUUACUCAGCACCCUUAGAUUCAAUUACUUUUUGGAACUCCAAAUAUCUAAUAUCUCAAGCUGCCCUGAGUCCUAUGGGAGAGUUGUCGGGGGGAUAUAAAUGUAAAAAAUAAAUAUAAUUAAUUAAUUUUUAAAAGCUGAUGAGGCAGGAUUCCAUGGUGAUUUCUCUUCAGCAAGGAAUCAUUUCACAAUGCAGUAUGAAGUACCCAUGCCCAUAUCCUAUUGUAUGGGUGCCCAAUAAAAGAGGUUUCUUUCCUACCUCCAGUAGUCCCUUUCCAUAUUGUGGCUGUGUGAUCAAGCAGACAUAGGGCUCCGAGGAGAGGAAAGAAAACAAAAUCACCCCCCUUUUCUGCAAGUGCAGUUCCACUAACAGAAGGGGUGUUGUCACUCCUUCCCUUUUCCCACUGGAACUUCCAAGCCAUCUAUUCUCAUAGGUUCUGUCUGUACCCACAGAAAUCAACUUUCUAGGGGAUGUAAGCGAUUUCUGAAUGAAGCGGAAUGUGCCAAAGAUCUGUAUGCCUUACAGUGAUAGUUCAGAGGUCAUUUUCAUGGUUGGAGGGAAAAGGGACAUGUCCAGUUGUCUGUCAUGCAAAGCAGAGCCCUGUUGGAGAUAAUAGGUACAAUCCAAGGCUUCAGAGCACAGUGCACUGGGAAUUUGUCCUGUAGAAGCCCAUGAGAGGAGUUGUUUCACUAAUUUUGGCAGGCAGGAAAAUUUACUGGGGAGAUGUGCCGCUCUCCAUCCUGACUGGAGUGAGCAAGGAUACUCAAAGAAUGAGUGUGCAAUACAUGGAGCACCAAGACAGGGUAGGAUAUGAACAAGCAUUAAGGGGUGCUGGUAUAGACCUCCACUAUGAUCUACUCUACUUUUUGUAGAUAAUUAUAAUGGUAUUUUACAGGUAUCUUAUAUUACUAUUGUACAGCUGUAAAUAUAUGACCUAGGUAUUUCAAAUAUCAGUAUUUACCCUUCAGAAGGGAAGAACAGUCAGGCAUGGCUAAUAUUACUGAAGAAAAUACAAGUGCUUAAGCCAGCUGAACUCAAUGCAUUUAAAAUAUGCCUUGACUGUGUGUCAUUGGGAAAAGAAUGUGCUUGGGUCCUUCUGGCAAUAAUAGGAAUGCAUAGCUACAACAGAGACCAUAAAUACAGAUUUUAAGAUUAACAGUUUUAAGGACAUAUGUCCAUGAUUUCUUCUUUUCCCUCAAUAAACUUGUAUCGAAUUGUAUUGAAUUGGGCUAUUUCAUAAAUAUAAACAUUACCUCAUAAAGUCCCUUAUCAGUUUUGAUUAUUAAUGAACCAGUCCCUUAAAACUGUAGUUUGCGUUUUUUUAAAAAGCAUUAAAAUACUUGCAAAUAUGGAGCUCAUCUAGAUCUACUUGAGAGACGGAACUGGAUCUGAAAUGCUUAUAAUUGAGAACUGACAGCAGAAAAGGAAAUAUAAAGUUCGUUUACAGAAAGCAUGAGGCCAGAUUCUAUUUUCUGUCCGUAUUUUUAGACUUAGAGUAGAUCUUUUAGGCUUAGAGUACAGUAGGCAUUCUGGGAUUGCCAGAAAGUUUUUUUCUAACAGUACAAUCCACUGGGGGGGGGGGUCAUCGUGUUGGGGAGAUGGUACGAGGGUGUGCUGGUGCUUGUGCCCCAUAUACGGGCAAAUACGCCAGUGUGAGAUGCACUAAUGCCAGAGGCAGGGCACCAUGCGACUCUGCAAUGCCCAAAUAUGGAAGCUGCCAUUGUGCUGAUGUUACAGGAGGUUGCAUGGGCACUGGUGGAGGCAUUUCAGGGGUGUUUCCAACGGUGGAGCCAAUUUUAGUUGGCUUUUUGUGUCCUUUUGGCCCAGAAACUCCCCCUUUGGCUGGCAUAGACGUAUGCCAGCUGAAAGUGUGACACAGCUCAUCAAGCUGCAUAGAGAGUUUCACAGCAGCUGGAGAUUUCUGCAGUUUUUCAUUCUUCCCACAAUGCCUGAAACCUGUUCGGAUUUCAUUCUUCUUGCACUGCCCUGCCCCUUAUGGAUUGACUGUAACUUAACCAACUUUGUAGAUGAGGAUUUUGUCUGCUGUAAACCAUUUCUGCUGUAAACUACAUCAUCCUGUUUUGGAUUACAAUCCAUUUAAAUCAGGCAACAUCUCAAAUGGAACUGGAUCUGAAGCAGAUGCCAUGAUUUGUUCGUUUUUGCAUGUCCCAGAUAUUCUGAAGCACAUCUCUGUGAGAUUAUGCAAGUCAACACUCUUUGCUGCACAGUUGGGAAAAUGUUUUUAAACUAGUCUAUCCAUCCUUAAAUUAGUCAGUGUUGGCAGAAUGUAUAAAAGAGACUGACUACAAAUGAAAUCUUAGACUGUCUCCACCGCUAUUAAGUGCUGUAUGUAAGUUGCCAGAAGGAAGACUGGUUGCCCUUGUAAAUUGGUCCCCUUGUGAAUUUUUAUUGAGCUUUUAUUCAGGCAUUAUGCUCAUGACAGAAGCUAUCCAACUUUCUUAUGGCCUGGUUACAAAUGUAGAAAGUAUGCAUGAAAUUAAUGGAAUUAAAACUAAAUUUUUAAAUUUUAUUUUGUUUCACAAACAAAUCCACUUGUACAAAUAAAUCCAGUAUUAUGUAGUGCAUAUUAAUGUAGCUACUUUAGCAAGAUUGCAAAUGCGGGAAUUAAACUGAAAUCAGUUUAUUACUAUGUCGUGAGUUACCAAGUUAAGGUGAAUUGUGGGCCAAAGUAGAAAAAGGUGAUCUUUGCAUCUCCUAUCUUUUAUAGUUUCUAUUAAUUGCUGCUACGGAAGGUGGGAGCAAUUCAGAUAUGCAGGUAAAGAGGGUUAAAAUCACUUUAGUCUUUGGACCUGAUUUUUGGAACAUCAUGCUGAUUCUUUAGCAACUGUUUAAAGGCUGAAAAACAUAUUUACUAUGACCAGUUAUACGUCUCCUGUUUGGGACUUAUUUUACUAGACUACGUCUUCGUAUACUCGAUGCUUCAUGUUGGCAUGAUACUUUUUGUUGUGCAGAGCUAAUUCAAUGUUUAUUCCAACUAGUAAUCCAGAGCUAAUGCAAUUUUUAUUCCAAUUGACCAUUGCAAUGCCAUAUGAGGUUCCUUUCUGUGCCCUUUAUCAAUGUAGGUUCGUGCUUUAAAGUACUGUGCUGUUCUGUUCAGUAGAAUUAAUUCAGCUGAGAAAAUACAUGUGUGGUAAGCAGAAAACUGUAAAUGUGUCUCAGACAAUUUGGAGAAAAGUUUGUGGCCUUUGAUCCCUCAACACACCUACUUGGUAGCAUGCAAAAUGAUUACUUGAUUGUGCAAAAUGGAACUUGCUUUCAGGUAAACAUGAAUCAGGUCAGAAUGAGGAUGUCUCACCUCACCAACACUGAUUCUAAUUUACACAUUAUGGAGUACACAGGUUGGGUCUGGAGUCUCCACCCACUGUCAGAGAUGAUCUAGUCAAAUAUGAGUUGGGGGUUCUUUUCACUUCCUGCAGGGGCAGUGUCUGAUUCAAAUCAGGACCAUGUUAUGUUUGGAGAAGGGGAGUCAGCCUCUGCCUGCACCACUUCUCCAGCCUGAAAAAGAUUUGAGGGGUUCUGUUAGGAGAAACCCAGGUGUUUCCUGGGUUACAUGUGAGUUUCCCAAUGGGCCAAAUCCUGUGUUUACAUCUGACACAGACUGAGGACGAUGGGCAGGGACGUAGCUACCAAAAAUGUCACCCACUGAAAUUGUGUCUGCCUGGGGCAGUGGAGUCCAGAGUAGGGGGGAAAGUAACUGAAAAGACUUGGCUUGGCUCCCGAGUCCUUUUAGUUAAGUCUGAACUGAGGAGGUGGCUCAGUGGAAGUGGAGUAAAUCGCAACAAGUGGCCAGGAGACUGAGGGUGGGAACAAGGUCAGGGAGGGCACCCCUGCCCUUGUCCCCUCCACUAGUCUGUUCCUGGUUGGUUGCCUUGCUGUAAAUUAAAAAUAAUUAAAGUAGCCUUCAGGCUGCAGUGUGCGUGUGUGUGUGCGUGAUGCAAACCACCCCCAAUCAACUAACGCCUGGAGCAAGAGCCCCACCCUCGUUACUUCCCUGACCACAGGGUGCUCCAUAAUUUGUGAAUUGGUCAUAGGACUCAAUUCCACCUAGGGCAUACUUGUAUGUAUCAUUAUCCUUGCAUCUCCCUCAGGUCGAUCACAAGGACUUUUAAUGAGACGUGCCUUGUGAGUUCUGUGCCCAAAACUUAAUUCCCAAGCAUGCCUAGUGUUAUUCAAAUCUGGACUGUUUUUUGCAGGGAGAUGGGACUUAAACCUUUCCAUUAUUCUGUUAACCCAACUUGAAACAGCCCCAGGGAUCAGUGCUAUUUGCCCUGUUGGAAAAGGCAACAAGGCAAAUAGUGUCACCAGGACUGUUCCAGGUUGGAAAAUAGGGAACGAUAGAGAGGCUUACAUCUCUUCUCCUUGUGGUCCCAGUCCAUACUGGAUCCCCGUGAGCCUGAGAAUUCAGUUUGAGCAUGGAACUUGCAAGGUAUAUCUUGUUGGACCCUGAGAUACAGCAUAUAGUUAAACCCUAUAGUUAGAACAGGGUUGUUUCUAUAACACUCAUGUUUUGGUGCUGAAAAAUUCCCAUGCUUAUGACAAAAACCGAAUGCGUAGUAUUAGUAGAACUUAGAAUUGGCCUCUGGAUGAGUUCCAGACAUGAUAUAUAAAACCUGAGGAACAUCUCAUGUUGGGCUUUCAGGAGUUUUAUCUUUAGCAUAUCACAAGGUCUUCCUUUUGAGCAGAAAGUGAAAGUAUAGCCUUACAGGUGAUCACUAGUGCUUCCAUUAGCCACUUCCACAAAUGCACAUUAUUAAUUUAUGGUGUCUUGGUUUAUAAAAAAAACUAUUUGCUCUCUAAGCUAAAGUACAUCUGUAUUUGAAAUCACCACAUCAUUUGUACUUAAGAAAAUAAAAAAGGUUUCAUUAUAA